AUGGUUGGUUGCCUCGUCAAUCCACCCAAAGAACAUGAGCCAUCCUAUGCACAGUUUGCUGUGGAGAGGGACACUGUUCUGGAGAAUAUGCGAUUCGGGGCAGCAAUGGUGAACCAGGUGUUUGACACAAUACCUGGUCUAUCGUGCACGACUAUCCAGGGCGCAAUCUAUGCCUUUCCGAGCAUAAGCUUGUCACCGAAGGCUAUUAAGGCCGCCGAGGAGUGUGGUCAAAAGCCGGAUGUAUUCUACUGCCUUCGAUUUCUGGAAGAACAGGGAGUGUGUGUAGUUCCAGGCUCCGGAUUUGGUCAGGCCGAUGGUACCUAUCAUUUUCGAAUGACCAUCCUACCUUUUGUGGAACAAAUGAAGGUGGUCUUGGACAGAUUGAUGCAUUUCCACACAAAAUUUCUCGCCAACUACACCGAUUAA